CACCUUCCUUGUAAAUCAAUGUCUAAAAAUAUCUUUAUACAAGAUUUAUUUUUUUCUCUUAGCAUAUUAACAUUAAAUGAUUUUGCUUAUAUCAUAUUUUCAUCUUGUUUUUCAGUCUCAAAACAGUUUAUAAUCUGAUAGAGAGCUAAUCAUGUUCAUGAUAUGGAUUCCAAGGGCGAUAUGACAUUACUGAUCUGUCUCUGCUUUAGUCUGUUGAGACACCUGGAUUAAGAUAAGCUGAUCACGAUUAACUUUGAUGUCCACAGUCGAGACAUCUAGGAUGUUCUCAGUUCUCGCUUGUGAGACCUGCUGCCCAAUGUCCAGUGCUGUUGCUGGAAUCACACUACUUAGGUUUUGGAACCAGAUUAACUUCCUUAGCAUAAAGUAGUGCCAUAUUCAGAAUCAUGCUGAGUGGACAGGACAGAAGCGCUCCUGUCACAGAUGGCAGAGGGACCUCAGGUGAUGCCAGGAGCAGACCAGCAACAAUCAACAAUCUAAAGCCUAAAUCCAGCUUUGUUGUGUUGAACAAACCUGGAGAUGGAAUACGCCACCAGAUGUACACUUCCACAAUACUCCCUCAGAGCAGUAAUCAACCGUAUUCAACAGGUGUUAAUCCCCUUCCUUUGCCGGACAUCAUGACAAGCCAGGCUUCCAAACCAUGCGUGUCCAUGCGCCGCCACAAGAGCACCACAGAUUUGCCAUACAGCCCACAGCGUGGGUAUGUCCGCGACCAGAGAACCUCUAUCUGCGCCCCCACCGAGGCUGAGCUGGAGAUGAUGAGGCGUUGCUCCUUACGUGAGGCGAGCGUUCGUCCAUGCUGCCGUCAUGCUCUUAGCGUUCCCAACAUGGCAAGCCAAUGCACUAGCCCUCUGUGCAGCACCCCAUCCCGCAGUGCCCUCGGCACUCCUGUACGGGAUGUGGAGUGCAGUUCUAAAGCACGCAACAAGCUAAUCGAGAACGAGAGCGCGCAGACUCCUACUUACCCCCCGGAGCUUCGCGAGCAGUGCCGCUACGUCUCCAAAGAUGGGAAGUGUCGUGUAGACUUGGCAUACAUGGCCGAGAGAGAACGCUUCCUGGCUGACAUCUUCACUUCAUUUGUGGACCUUCAGUAUAGAUGGUUUCUCUUCGUGUUCAUGAUGUGCUAUGCAGUCACAUGGUUUAUAUUCGCAGGGCUUUAUUCUCUAAAUGCAUUCCUGCGUGGAGAUCUUGAAGUUCCUGCUGACACUGACGUGUGCUACCCCAACGUAGAUGGAUUUGUGUCAGCGCUGCUCUUCUCGGUGGAAACACAGAGGACUAUUGGUUAUGGCGCGCGCACAGUCUCGCCACGCUGCUACGAAGGUGUGUUUUUGGUCAUGGCACAGUGCAUUGUGGGAUCCAUGAUCGAUGCCCUCAUGGUGGGCUGCAUGUUCGUCAAGAUUUCACGGCCCAAGAAACGCGCCGAAACGCUUCUUUUCAGUCGGACUUGUGUUGUGGCCAACCGUGAUGACCGUCUCUGCCUUAUGUUCCGACUUGGCGACCUGCGUGAGAGCCACAUGGUGGAUGCCAAAGUGCGUGCUAAACUCAUCAAGUCUCGGCAGACGUCAGAAGGGGAAUUCCUCCCGCUGGAGCAGUCUGAGAUCGACCUGGGCUAUGAGAGCGGCUCUGACCGUCUGUUUCUGGUGGAGCCACAGGUCAUCCAACACACCAUUGAUUCCAGCAGUCCUUUCUGGGAACUUGGGCCGGAGCAGCUGAGGAAGCAACAGUUUGAGAUUAUUGUCAUCUUGGAGGGCAUUGUGGAAGCCACAGGAAUGAUGUGCCAAGCAAAGACGUCCUACAUUGAGUCUGAGAUCGAAUGGGGAGCCCGCUUUGAGCCGUGCAUGACAUUGGAGAAAGGGGCGUUUCGAGUCGACCUGAGACGGUUCCACAGAACAUAUCCGGUGCCUCUUCCGCCGUGCAGCGCGCAAGAUGCGCACCACCUACAGAAUUUGCAAGUGGGAGUAGAACUCCAGGAAUCUCUCAAAGAGAGUAUUAACUGGAAAUUGGGUGUGGACGACCAAGAAGACGACACCGUGAAACCACCAGGAGCAUGUACUUUCCCUAUCCACAACAUCCAGGAGGAGCGAGCGUCAGAAGUCAACGAAUGCGAUUCUUUGUAGUUGUUAUGAGUGCGAUUGUAACGCUCCACUAUAGUUCAUGCCAGGUCGAAAUUACCACAAUUACCAGAUUCUGACCAGUAAAAAGGUUUGACGUCCUCUUGCAACUUGUAGGCUCUGAAUUUUCUGAGAGAAUUCCAAAUUUUACCACGUGACUUUUAGCUAACGCUUCCCAUUACAUUAUGAAAACGUUAUUUCGGAAUAUUCUCAGAACCUUCAAAACGUUUUUCUUGGUUAUGAAAACAUUAAGGAAUCUGUUUUAUCAUUUUGGAAUUAUUAUUUCCAAGUAUUAUGAAAAUGUUGUCUUUGAAUGUUUUCUGAACCAUCUGAAUGAAUCAUGUUGUACAGGCUAAAUAAAAAAAAAUUGUGAUAAUGUUUUGAUAUUAUUAAAGACCAGAUAAGAACAUUUGUUCAUAAUUUUGAGACAACCUUGAUAGCAUGUUACCCAAAGUUCUAGUAUUCUAAUGGAUUCUUAUGAAGUUUUCUGAAGAAAAAAUCACGUACGAAUGAUAAAAUAGUCUGUGCCAUAUACGAUUUUCUUGAAAUCUGUCAACUCUGACUGCCCAAAAUCUGCAGACUGUAAUUAUUGGUAACAAUCCUUCUCAUGACUAUAGUGACCUAAAUUAAGUUUAUAAACUGUACAUUAAGAAAAGAAAAAAGAAAAAGGAUAAAUGUAAUAGUGUGGAGGAGACCAAUAGUUUCCACAAAUAAGUAUGUAAUAUUUUUCUAGAAAUUCUUGUCUAUGCUGAUUUAAACAGAAUAAAUAAAUAUAUUUUACACACAAGCACACACACACACACACACACACACAAAACAUUGUUCCAGUAUAUUGUUUAACACUUGAAAAAUAUUUCCAUAUUGUUGGUGAAAUGUUUGGUUAUUUUUUGAUGUACAUAUUUGCAGUAAGCUAUGAUAAUCAUCAAGGUGGGGUUCUAAUGGUAAAGAUUCUCGUCGCCAACAAAGAGGUCACAUUCCACCCACCGUUGCCACCACACAGCAAUGUUUUGCCAGUUGAGAGACUAACUUCUUUCUGUGCAUUAUUUGACCUGCUCUACAGCCCCUGCUGGUUGAUACCGCAACUACACCAUUAAGCAUUUUCACCAUUAAAGGGUUAGUUCACCCAAAAAUGAAAAUUAUGUCAUUUAUUACU